AUGGCUCUCGGUCUCAGUCAUGCCCGCACUAGCCUUUACAAAGGCCUUGCCAUUGUCCUCCUUGUCUCAUGGACUCUCACUGCGCUCAGUUUCACCGCCCUUGUCGCCCUCAACACCAACAGCACUUACCUCGAGAUCAUCGCUUGCACCACCAUGUUCACUUUCCUCAUGUGCCGUCUCCUCGUCCUCUGGGACCCAUCUUCUAGAUCUGGAAAUGCCACCAUCGCUCAGUUGAUUGCGUCCGCGGACUCCGGAUCCCGACGCGGUGCUCUCGGCCUAUUCUCGCUGAGCUGCACGUGGCUAUAUGAGUUACUCAACCAGGCGUUGCUGUUGUUCUUCAUGACGGUUUUCGGGGGCGUUAUUGCCACAGCAAUAUACAAUGAUGCGUUUACAGACGGUGUGCAUGAGACUGAACACGAGAACGGCAGCACAACCGCUGUCUCUGUCCAGGUCAACCAGCUCAAGGAAAUGGCCGGGUUUGAUCUGACGGAACUGUUCAAGAUGAUCCCGCCUCAGGUGUUAGUUUAUUUUGUUGGAUUGAUGUGGUUGAACUUUUUGAGCUUGGGGGUUUAUGUUCUGGGUCAUGCGGUGGUGUCGUUGAAGAAAGUGUUGACUUCGCCUAUGUAUACCGCGAGCAAGGAGUCGACGGUUGAUAAGGCAGUGUCUCUGGAUUCAAGCAAAUAG